AUGGUUCCCACUAGCUCACCCUUCCAAAGCUGGAUUUUGGAAGAACCUGUGCCAACGGUGAAAAUUCCGGCACACAUAACUUAUGAUGGUACUUCGGAACCGAAGGACCGCAUUGCCUCUUACGAGAGGCACAUGUACCUUAACCUUAGGUCCGAGGCAACCUGGUGCAAGUACUUCCCAACCACUCUCAAGGGUGUUGCACCAGUGCGGAUCACCAAGGGAGUAAAGGAAGGCUUAAUAACUGGUUGGAAAGACCUUUCCAACAAAUUCAAAAGCAAGUUUUCUACGGCAAAUCGUCGAGAGAAAACGACUGCAGAAUUGAUGGGUCUGCAGCAAGGGGAGGAUGAGAGCCUCCAAGACUAUCUGACUCGUUUCAGCAACGAGUCGUCCAAAAUUACAAGUCUGGACCAAGGGCUAGCCGUUUUCGCACUGCGGAACGGCCUGCAAGCUGGAAAGUCCCUUGACUUCAUGGUCAUGCAUCCAUCGCAGACCUUGGAGGAAGCUCUAAAUGCCUCGGACAAAUACAACCGGGCCGAAGAAUGGAACAAAACCAUGAUCCAAAGCAAAUCCCAGUCUCAAUCCGAGGCUGGGAAGGCAAAAUGA